ACGAAUUGACGAAACAGAAACACCCAGCCGGAACGAUCCUGUUAGUGAAUUUUGUGAAGAAGACGUGAUCUGUUAGUGAGUAGAACAGUAACCAAACUUCAACCAGUAGGCUACUGACAUCAACGCAGCUUUCUGCUUACUGAUUUUGUUUUGACGGGCUGCACUGGGAGAUGAGAGGAACUGUACAAGCUGAAUGAAACAGUCCCAGAUAUGGAUAAAGUCAUCAAUUGUUUCCGCAAGAAGCCAGACGCUGUGGCUCGACUAAUAUGUUUCCCCUGGGCUGGGGGUGGCUCGAUCCCCUAUGCGCGAUGGGGGAACAUGAUGAGCUCGAUUGAAGUGUACUCUGUACGUUUACCUGGGAGGGAGUCUCGUGCCAAGGAGCCCUUUCACAAGAGCAUGCAGCAGGUGGUGGAAGAGGUUAUCACUGUAUUGUUGCCUGUCCUUAGGGAGAAGCCAUUUGCCCUAUUUGGGCACAGUUUUGGUGCCAUGUCAUGCUUUGCGUUUGCUGAGUCACUGAAAAGAAUGCAUGGGAUUGAACCGACCCACGUCUUCCUCUCCGGGGCCUCUGCUCCAUAUUCUGAGACCCGUCUCAAUGCCCCCUCCAGAAGUGCUCUAUCAGAUGAAGAGUUCCUACGAUGGAUGAGUGCCAUUGGAGGCACACCCCAAGAGCUAUUAGCCAAUCCAGAGCUCAUGAAGCUCUUCCUUCCUCCACUGAAGGCAGACCUUCAUGUAGUUGAGAGCUACAGGUGUCCACGGCCAGAGACGCCCUUCCUGUCCUGCCCACUCUUCUGCUUCGAUGGAACACAAGACGUGAAACACGACCUCGAAGCCUGGAAGGACAUGACAAGUGGAGACUUCAGCAUCCAGAUGCUGCCUGGGGCCCACUUCUAUCUGAGGGAGGCGGCAAAUGAGAAGAUUAUACUGGACCAUGUCACCAGACACCUGGAGACAGCAGAGAUGGACUACCUGUGAUUGACUGGACCAUGUUGAUCUGGACGAGUGACCCACUAUAGCGCCUUGCUCUUACCUGAGUAAAUAAUAAUUCCUUUAAAGUCACAUGACAUGUAAUUUUUCCGGUGUAGGGGAGUAAAGGUGGAGUCUGUGGGGUCAAUUGUUUGGGUUGUUGUGUCUGCGGGGUGUCUGUUUAGAACUCUCGGCUGUUCUCACAUGCACACACACACAACCUACAGAUUGUUUUGAGAGUAUUUAAUGUACAUAAGAUUAAUGCCAAUGUAGUGUGUUUUUGUGUUCACUAUGCAUUUUAAUUUAAUUAAUAUCAAAAUAAAAAUGUGUUGCUUUCCCAAA